AGCUCAAUAAACAAUACCCUUCGUUGAGACAUUUAGUUGGAUUGGCAAUGGCCGCAGGUCUGAUGAGAUAAGCCUAUUCAAAAAGACGAUAUAUUUUGUAAAAUAACUGCUAAAUUAAAGUCAAAGCUUGUCAGUAUGGCAUUAGCAAGGUUAUUACCUGCUCCUACACAAAUAACAAAACAGGAAGCUGAUGAUGAUGAUCUGGAACACGCAUUUAAUGCUGUGAAAGACCUGGCCAUAAAAUCAAGUCACCCACCAUAUGGGCAAAGAAGAGGAUGGAUUCCAAGAAGGCCAGAGGACUUUGGGGAUGGGGGCGCUUUUCCAGAAAUUCAUGUUGCUCAAUAUCCACUUGGAAUGGGAAAAGAAAGAAAGAAAGCAUCAACUGCUAUACCAAUCCGUGUUGAUCAAGAAGGAAAGAUAAAGUAUGAUGAUUUGCUUAGAAGUGGACAGAAACAAGAUAAGGUGAUCCAUUCAAAGUUCCAAGAUCUGGUUCCAGCACAAAUAAAAAAAGAUGAUCCUGAAUUAGCAAGACCAGAUGAUGAGGCAAUUAAAGAGACAACAGAGAAAACUAGGCUUGCCUUAGAGAAGGAAGUUAAUAGCAAAAUUGCUGCAGCACAGCCAGCUCAAGCAGCCAAAAAGUUGGAACCUGCAAAGUACAUCAGGUAUACCCCAUCACAGCAAGGGAUAACAUAUAAUUCUGGUGCCAAGCAGCGUGUCAUUCGAAUGGUUGAGAUGCAGAGUGAUCCAAUGGAGCCACCCAGAUUUAAAACAAACAAAAAGAUACCAAGAGGCCCUCCUUCACCACCAGCUCCUGUCAUGCACUCGCCAACACGAAAGGUUACAGUGAAAGAACAGCAAGAGUGGAAAAUACCUCCUUGUAUAUCCAACUGGAAGAAUCCUAAGGGGUACACAAUACCUCUUGACAAAAGACUAGCUUCAGAUGGUCGAGGUUUGCAAGACCCACAUAUCAACGACAAGUUCGCAAAAUUGGCAGAAGCUCUCUACAUUGCAGAUAGAAAGGCACGUGAAGCCGUAGAAAUAAGAGCCCAACUGGAGCAGAAGAUGGCGCAAAAAGAGAAGGAAAAGAAGGAAGAAUAUUUGAAGAAGAUGGCACAACAAGCGAGGGAAGAAAGAGCCGGUAUUAAAACAGCCUCAAAGGAUAGGGAAGAGGCAGAAAGAGAUCAAUUACGUUAUGACAGACACAAAGAUCGUGAAAGGGAUAGGAGAAUUUCAAAGGCUGCACCAGAUAAAAGAUCAAAAUUAAUGAGAGACAAAGAUCGUGACGUAAGCGAGAAAAUCGCUCUUGGAAUGCCAUCUAAUGCUGGGAACCAAGAAAGCAUGUAUGAUCAAAGGCUCUUCAACAGAAGCCAGGGGAUGGAUAGUGGCUUCGGAGAGGAAGAUUCUUACAAUGUGUAUGAUCAAGCAUGGAGAAAGACAGACUCUGCGUCAUCUGUGUAUCGUCCAUCUAAGAACCUAGACAAAGAUACUUAUGGAGAUGACAUAGAAACUUUAAUAAAGACCAACAGAUUUGUUCCAGACAAGGACUUUGCCGGUACAGAUCGCACCCAUAAACGUGAUGGGCCAGUGCAAUUCGAGAAGUUUGGAGAAGAGGAUCUUUCAGAGUUGGAUAAAUUCUUCUUAGACGCCAAGCGAGGUGGCAAAAGAUCGGAACCUAUGGAAAGAGAAAGCAGCAAGUCUUCAAAACGAAGCAAACGAUGAUCUGACUGGAGGUUGACUGUUGGAAAGCCAGUUUGCAGACCCCAGGAUUCUUAUUUCAAAAGCUGCAUCUUUUAAUUGAUGAUAGUGCAGACUGGAGUCAGGCUGGGGCAUGUCAAACAAACCUGGUUGUAUUUCGAUCAAUCAAAGACCCUAUAGGCUGAACUGUAUUUAAAUACCCUACCCCCCCCCCCCCCCACCUAUGAGAGAUACUGACAGUGCUAAACUAAGGUCAUAUUCGUUUGUAAAUUUGUGGAUUUCCAUGGAAUUUCCUAUCUUUGCUAUUUGGUUUUGAAAGAACAUGUUCCCUUAUUAAUGAGAAUAACCCAUGCAGUUGCUUUCACUACUAGUAAAUACUGUACAACUAAAUCAAAAAGACACUAUCUUUUCAUUGAAAGAAACUUUUUAUGCUAUUAGACAAAUAUUAACGAUAAUUUGUUUCACCUGUCCUAUUUUUCUUGUAAUAUAUUGUUGAGCAGCCCAACAUAAUUUUAUUACCAUAUUGCUUGUAAUAGUAAGCCUCUUAUCAAACAACUAUUUUAAAAAGAUAUUGGAAGAACAAAGAGAAAUCUAAAGAA